UCUCCAGCUGGAUUUCGUCCAAAUUGUGUGGGUCUCCCCCUUAUUGCCCAAAUAAGUUUGCAGCAUUCGUUGUUGCUGUUUGGCAACAAUCUAAGGAAGGUUAUGGCUGAAUAUAUGCGGGGAGCUUCUGAAGUGGCAGUGAUUCGAAUGUGUAAUCCUCCGCUCAACACAAUCAGUGAUGUGACAUUACGGGCUUUAAAACAAGAAGUAAAUCGUGCAAAUAUUGACCCCACUGUGAAAGCUGUUGUGAUUUGUGGAGCAAAUGGGAAAUUCAGUGCAGGUGCUGAUAUCAGAGGAUUCUCUGUUGGUAUUCAUAAAUAUACCCUAAAUUUGGAGUCUGUAGUUGCUUUUAUAGAGAAGAGUGAAAAACCAUUUGUGGCUGCUAUUGAAGACCUAGCUUUCGGAGGAGGCCUGGAGUUGGCACUGGGCUGUCAUUAUAGGAUUGCAAACAUGAAGGCUCAAGUUAGUUUGCCAGAAGUCACAAUAGGUUUACUUCCUGGAGCAGGUGGGACUCAACGGCUUCCACGAUUGAUUGGAGUACCAGCUGCACUUGAUAUGAUCAUCACAGGUAAACAUGUACCAGCUACUGAAGCAUUGAAACUGGAGAUCUUAGAUGAGAUUGUUGAAGAAAAUCCAGUUGAAGCAGCUAUAAAGUUAGCACAAAGAAUAUUGGGUCAGCCAUUGGGACCUCGCAGACUCUCUCUGAAACAAACUCCCAAACUCCCUAACAUGGAAGCUAUUCUAUAUGAGGCACUCUUGAAGGUGAAGAAACAGGCUGCAGGGUGCCUCGCACCCGAAAUGUGCUUUCGAGCUGUGGAAGCUUCUGUGUACUUGCCCUUUGAAGAAGGAAUUCGCAAGGAAAAAGAGCUUUUUCUCCUCCUUUGCACUUCAGGCCAGGCUAAAGCCUUGCAGUAUGCUUUCUUUGCCCAAAGAAUUUCAGAAAAAUGGAUGUUGCCCAAUGGGGCAUCCUGGAAGACUGCACCCCCUCAACCAAUCCGGAAAGCAGCUGUGAUAGGUUUGGGGACAAUGGGCCAAGGCAUUGUGGUAUCUCUGGUGAAGGCUAAAAUUCCUGUUGUGGCUCUGGAGAAGGAUAAGAAGCAUCUUGAAAUAGCAAAGAAAGCUAUCAAAGCUUCUUUGGAGCGCAAUGCUUUAAGAAUGCAACUGAAGGACAAAAUACUGGAUAUCCAUAAAUCUAAAUUACUUCACUUCACUCUGGAUUUUGGUGCACUAAAAGAUGUAGAUCUAGUUAUUGAGGCUGUAUUUGAGGAUAUGGUUCUGAAAAAAGAAAUAUUCUAUAAAUUAUCAGAAGUCUGCAAGCCAGGAACUGUUUGGGGCACUAAUACUUCUUGCCUGGAUAUAGAUGAGAUUGCUUCUAUUACUAACCGUCCCCAGCAAGUCAUUGGUACUCAUUUCUUUUCACCAGCACAUGUAAUGAAGUUAAUAGAGAUCAUUCAUGGACAGCACACAUCUCCUACUGUUAUUGCUACAGUUAUGAACCUGGCCAAAAUUAUGGACAAAUGUGGUGUUGUAGUAGAAAAUUGUUUUGGCUUUGUUGGCAACCGGCUACUCUUUCCUUAUAAUGAACAAACAUAUUUCCUCUUAGAAGAAGGCAGUACUCCAGAGGAGAUGGACAAAAUUAUGGAGGAAUUUGGUUUCAAACUGGGUCCUUUCAAAGUAGCUGAUCUUGCUGGGCUUGAUGUGGGCUGGAAAUCUAGAAUAGGGCAGGGCCUGACAGGAGCCAACCUACCUCUUGGAACACCUCCCCGCCAACGAGAUGGUAGACGGUAUUGUCCUCUUCCUGAUAUCCUAUGUGAGAAGGGGAGAUAUGGUCAGAAAACUGGAAAGGGCUGGUACCUAUAUGAUAAACCUGGGGGAAAGACAGCCAAGUUUGAUCCCUGGCUUCACGAUUUCCUUCAAAAUUAUAGGAAUGCUCACAACAUUACAAUUCGCACCAUUACCCAAGAAGAGAUCUUGGAACGUUGUCUGUAUUCACUUAUCAAUGAGGGUUUCCAAAUAUUAUCUGAAGGAAUAGCAUCUUGCCCAGAAGCCAUUGAUACCAUCUAUAUCAAUGGUUAUGGGUGGCCCAGAUAUAAGGGUGGUCCAAUGUUCUAUGCUUCUGAGAUUGGGCUGCCUAAGAUUCUAACAAAACUGCAAAAAUAUGCUGAGGCUAAUCCUGACAUACCUAAACUACAACCCAGUCCCUUUCUGCAGAAACUCGUCACCCUUGGUAGCCCUCCAUUGAAGAAUUGGGCAUCCCUUGUGAGAUCCCAGCAGAGCAAGUUAUAAUUAAUGUUUCCUGAAAUUCAUCUUCUUUACAUGCAAGUGGGAGGGUUUUCUUUUCCUCCUUAUUCUAAAAAAGCUUUGAGAUGCAGGUAAAUGUUCUUACUGGUCAUUUUUAAGCUCUCUUGUUGUUAUAACUGGGGUGCUACUGUUUGCACUGUUUUCCAUCAUUGUGAAGCCCAUGCAUCUAAGGGAGACCCAAUGGGAGCAAUGCUUUCUAAUAUUCCUUAGCAUUUAAUGGAAGCCUGGAUGAUUGUGUAGAUGAUUGGGAGAAAGGAUACUUUCACCAUACCCUGGCAACCUUUCAGUAAAUGGCAGAAUAUAACCUAUGAUAAGUUCAGUUAAAUCCUUUUCUUCUUCUAAAGAAAUUUACAAAGCAAAUUCUUUUUUAUCAGGUAGAAUGAGAGCUGAUAGGAAAAUAAAACAUAGAAUAUUUUUUUUACACAAAAGUUAUUCAAUAUAAACAGCCUUUUUUCUGUUCAGAUUUUUUAACUGAUUGUUUUUAGGGUUUAAUAUAAAACAGAGUGCUAUAAAACAAUUUCUCAAUUUCUUUUCUCGUUUCAGAAAUGAGCCCACAUUCUCUAUUUCCAAGUGAUAAACUGUUGCUCACAGAGUGCCUUUUAUCAUACCACUUGCUUGAAAGCACAUGCUAGUAUUAAGCUGCCCUGUCUUUGAAUAUACUUGACCAAACAUCUUACAAAAAGAAGAAAAAACUUUGAUCUGAAAGAUGCAUACUAUUCUAGAAGUAAAUACAUUCCUGGGCUGAGUAUAUUCUUUGCUUUUGCUUCACCUCAGUCUCCCAAGCCACUGUUUUUAUGAAAUGGGACUGCUGAAUUCUGGUGUUUUUUUUUAAGUUAAACAAAUAACUGUUAAAUCUUUGUAUGCUUCCACUAAUAAAUUAGAUAGUAAAGCAAGUUUCUCAAACUUGGCACCAUCCAGUCUGCUAUAGCAGGUAAGGUAUUAGACUGAAAAGGUCUAAGUAUGUGUCUAUCCUCAGCUAGGAAUCUGUCCUGUUCCAUUGAACCAGUUGCUGUGUUUCAGUCCAACCUUAGGCUAAACAAGAAUUGGAGAAGACCAUUCUUAUAAGUGCUGCUGUGAUUCCUGAAAAUGAUUGAAUAUUCUGACACAUCUGGAAAAUACCAGGUUGGGAAAAGCUGCCCUAAAAUUCUAAGUAAGAUUUGUGAAAUUGUAUGAUUUUUCAAGCUUAUCAACUUGUUAAGGUUUUUUUUUGGUCAUGGAAAUAAACGUGUCUUCCUCAAGUUAAUGCGCCACAAAAAAUGUUAAUUCUCUAACUCCCUAAUUUGUGAAUAUCUGAAGAGAGUUAGCUUGGAGAAGGCUGCUACAAGUAUUCUAUUGGUUCUAGGACAUGUAAUGCAAGGGAAGAUAUUAAAAAAGGUGAUAAAAAGAAUAAUUCUAUGUGACACAGAAGAAAACAAGAAUAUUUAUUGUUUAAUUAAUAAUGGCAAGACUUUGCAAUUUAUAAAGUUUUUCCCCCCAAACUUGCUAUUUUUAGAAUCCAGCAAAUUAAAAAGUGCUGAUAUCCAGAACCACCACACUAACAUUUUGAAACAUUUUAUCAACCCUCUUGUGUUUUGCUAUAAUGUCCCUUUCUCCCACAAAUAUUGUAGAGAGAAAUUAACCAUGGAGCUAAUCCUCACAUUCCAUUUACCACAGCAUGAAGGUGCGUGGCUGUUUUUAAGGGAUGUGUACUCACAAUGUCUUCAGGUCUUGCCAAGUCUGUGUUUUGAGAGCAGUCAUCUAUUAAAAUUCUUCCUUUUUUUCCUGAUGUGGGUUUUUGCUUUAUGAACAAUGCAAUGCUUCAGUAAUGAGGCUGGCAAUUGCAUCAGAGUCAGGAAUAAUCCCAUUUCCUAUUGACUACACAGGCCCUUCCCCAUUUGGUCACUGCCUUAUUCCUUCAUUUGGUCUUGGGCUGCAAGAAAGACUGUAUAGCUUGCACAGAGUAGACUUAUUGGCCUGGAUUGUUUUUCCUUUUUUUAAACCAUAGGACAUCAAUUUCCAAGAUCAAUAAUCGCAGGAGAUUAAUCAGUAAUCUGGUUAAUGGUUAGUGUGGCGUAUGAGAGGAACAAGCAGGAAGGAACAGUUAAGACUACUUUGUCCUGAUUGACAGGUUGUUGUUGUUUUG